AUGGCGACAACAACACUCCUCUUCCGCCGGAACCUCCUUCGACCCAGCGCAUUCGCUAAGCCAACAACCUACAGGGCUACGCGAUUCCAAAGCACCCUCCCCCACGAUCGCACCCUCAUUACGCCCGCCGAACUCGACGCCGCGCUCAAGUCCAAUGCUCCGUCUAAACUCUCCACAGCCCCUAAAACAGUCCCAGUCUGCGGGACAUGGUUCCUCCCCAACGAUCCACAGAAGCGCAACGGCUACGAAGUAUUCAAGAAAGCGCACAUCCACAACGCGCGCUUCUUCGACCUAGACAAAGUCGCCGACACCUCUAGCCCGUACCCGCACAUGCUGCCUUCGCCGGAAGUGUUCCAGGAAGCGAUGUGCGACUUGGGGAUCAACCGAGACGACACAGUGGUAGUCUACGACUCAGCGGAACUAGGCAUCUUCUCCGCGCCGCGGGUGGCAUGGACGUUCAAAGUGUUCGGACACCCGGCGGUGUAUCUGCUGAACAAUUUCAAGCUGUGGGUGGAGCAGGGGUAUGCGGUGGAGGGAGGCGAGCAAGGGAAGUUCGAGCGGACGCAGUAUCCGACGCCGCAGCUAGAUGGGAGUAGAGUGUCUGGGUUUGAGGAUGUGAGGAAUGUGGCGUUCGACCAUAAUAAGGAGGGUAGGGAGGAUGUGCAGAUACUGGAUGCGAGGCCGGGAGGGAGAUUUAAGGGUACCGAUCCGGAGCCUAGGCCUGGAUUGUCGUCAGGGCAUAUGCCGGGCGCUGUGUCGAUACCUGUACCCGAGCUGUUGGAUCCGGAGACCAAGGCGUAUCUGUCGCCGGAGCAGUUGAGGAAGGUGUUUGAGCAGAAGGGCGUGGAUCCGAAUAAGCCCGUUAUCUCGAGCUGUGGGACUGGCGUGACAGCGACGGUGAUUGAUACAGCCCUGGCGGAGGCAGGGUACGGUGAUGGCGUGCGGCAAGUCUACGACGGCAGCUGGACGGAGUGGGCACAGCGUGUUCAAGCGAGCGAGAACCUGAUUGUGAAAUCGGAAUGA